AUGAACGUCCCGGGGCCAAGGUCUGACUCCAAGACCAACAUCGAUGUUCCUACCAUUAGCCACGAGAGUAAUCAUGAACAUGUGGAUUUCAAACAUGCCAAAAAUGCCAACGGCGACACUGCUAUGGCGCUGUUCGAUGACCCGGACGAGUUGCACGAAGAAGUCGAUCCGGUCGAAGCAAGGAAGCUAUUGUGGAAGAUUGACUUCAUGAUUCUUCCCUACCUCGCCGUUUGCUAUGCUUUCUUUUACAUUGACAAGACAACUCUAAGCUAUGCUGCUAUCUUUGGUAUUCGCGAAGACCUCAACCUACAUGGUACACAGUAUAGCUGGCUGAGUAGUAUUUUCUACUUUGGAUUUUUGGUAUGGGCAUUUCCAACCAACUUUUUGAUGCAGCGUCUUCCGAUUGGGAAAUACUUGGGUGUCAACAUCUUCAUGUGGGGUGUCUUCCUGAUGAUACAAGCUGCCUGCAACAAUUUCACGACCCUCGCCGUGCUCCGAGCCCUGGGCGGUGCAGCCGAAGCCUGUGCUGAUCCUGCUUUCAUGCUCAUUACAAGCAUGUGGUACACACGCCGCGAGCAACCUGUCCGCCUUGGACUAUGGUAUACGGCAAAUGGUCUUGGUAUCGCUUUGGGUGGUCUUUUGGGCUAUGGAAUCGGUCAAAUUCGUGGCGCACUCCCAUCCUGGAAGUACGAGUUCAUUGUGAUUGGUGCUCUGUGUGCAGCCUGGGGCAUUGUCAUGUUCGUUUUUCUUCCCGAUUCACCCGUCACGGCAAAGGGACUUAGCAAGAGGGAGCGUCGAAUGGCCGUUGAACGUCUUCGAGAGAAUCAAACUGGCGUGGAGAACAAGAAUCUCAAGCCUUAUCAAAUCCUCGAGGCUCUCAUGGACUACAAGCUCUACAUGUUCUUUCUCCUGGGAGUUGUUUGCAACGUUCCAAACGGUGGUAUCUCGAACUUCGGAACUAUUAUCAUACAAGGAUUUGGAUAUUCAACACUGGUGACUACUCUCAUGCAGAUCCCCUACGGCUUCAUCAUCGCCAUUUCGAUCUUAUCGUGUGUCUUCUUGAAUGACCGUUUCGAGAACCGACGCUGCGUCUUUAUUUUGAUCUACCUGAUUCCCAACCUUGCUGGCGCCUUUGGCCUCCGCUUUGUUCCAACUCAACAUAGCGUCGGCCGAUUGAUCUGCUAUUAUUUGACAGGACCUUACAACGCCGCUUUCGUGCUUGUACUGAGUAUGCAAAUCGCAAAUACAGCCGGGCAUACCAAGAAAGUCGUCACCAACGCAGUUCUGUUCUUAGGCUACUGUACUGGCAAUAUCGCUGGGCCGUUUUUCUAUAAAUCCGAUCAAUCUCCCACAUACGAACUAGGCAUUUGGUCCAUGAUCGUUUCGCACUUGAUCGAGGUUGUUCUCAUUAGCUCUCUCGGUCUUUUGUUGCGCUGGGAGAACAAGAAGCGUGAUCGCAUUCAGUCCCAAAUGGAAGGAGGUCUCGAGGGAAGGGACUUGGAUUCCACUGCAUUCUUGGACCUGACAGACCGAGAAAAUCUCAAGUAUGUUCCCGGCUUGUUCCUUAUUGUGGCUUCCACAGAUUUUGCUAUUGGAGAAAGGGUACUGACACUAUUCACUAGCUUCCGGUAUAUUUACUAA